CGCGCCGUUCGGUUGCUUUGAUUGGAAUUGAUGUGAUUAUGUAAAAACGUGUCGUCUGAGCUGCAUCGUUAAAACAACGCGAUUAUUCGUUCGGAAAGGGUCCAUCGAACCCCCCGAGUGCCCCCCGGUUGGUGACAAGAUCGGCCCCAAAUGAACGGGUUUGUUGUGUACGGGUCGUGUGUGAUAAAGCAAUUUAGGCCACCAACUAGAGGUGCGUGCGGUGUUGGGCAAUAUUUAAAGUGCGUUCAUCCAGUGCCACUACUAUGAAAAAACCCAUCGGAAACGGAGACUGCUGACCGUUCACGAGCAGCUGGCAGACACAGCUCAAAGGAAGCCACUGAAGAUGGCCUCGGUGGAGCAACGGAUCAGCAAACCACCCGACGGCGGCUGGGGUUGGAUGGUCGUGUUUGCGUACGGUCUGGCGAACAUCAUGAUAGUGCCCGUGCUGCAGAGCUUUGGAUUGAUUUUUCGGGACACGUUUCGCGAGAUCGGCAUAUCGGCCACGAAAGCCUCCGUCAUCAUCAACCUCGCGUCCGCCGUAGGCAUGGCGCUCGGGCUGUUCAACGGACCGUUGCUGCGCAAGUACGGCUUCCGGAAGCUGGCCGUGGCCGGGGGGACCCUGUUUUCGGCAGGACUGAUGCUCACGUCGUCGGCCGUUAAUUUUGCGCACUUCGUCAUUACCUACAGUAUUAUCGCUUCCCUCGGUAUGGGAUUUUGCAACUCAUCGUUCUCGCUCGCCCUGAACACGUACUUUGCGGUGCGCCGUAACAAGGCGGCCGGCAUCGCGAUGACCAUCACCGGGCUGGGCCCGAUCCUGUUCCCGCAGCUCGUGUCGCUACUGAUCGCGCUGUACGGCCCACGGUACUGUCUGCUCAUCAUUGGCGCCCUAGCCACGCACAUCGUGGCCGGUGCGCUACUGCUGCAACCGGUCAAAUGGCACAUGCUGCCGGUGGGGCGACCGCACGAACAACCGGACGCGCAGAGGACCCCUGCGAUCGAGGUGAAAAUACCCGAAGACGAAGACGAAGACAACAACAAUGAUCGGCGGCCCGGCCAGGACGCCGAGGAUGAUGAAUUUCUCGAGAAGCGGAGCGAUCGGUUCAUCGAUCACGAUGUGGAUACGCAGAGCAUUUACGGGUUCGAGCUGACCUCACAGCUCCGACAGCCCCCGGCCCGAUCGUUCUCCGUUCCGGCCGGCACCACCGAUGAUGGUCCCAUUUCGAGGGCCAAAAGUGAAGUGCUGGCCUCGCUGGUCCUGCGGUGCCCUUCGGAGACACGUUCGCUACAAAACGAACGAAGCCCACCGUGCCCCAAACGGUGGUUUCAAUCGGAUUCCACUGAAACCGUAAAUCUGGGCAGCUCGCUGGGUAUCUGGGACGAACGGAGUGCUGGUGAGCCGGUGGGGCCACCGCCACCACCGAGUAGUAAACCGCAGCGGCGCUUCUCGAGCUUCUCCAGCGUGCGCUUUCUGCCGCUUCAGAAGCGCCUCUUCCAGGGAUCGGCCGAAACCGGGGUUGGCACCGGGAGCUCCGUGCGGCUUGCCGAUGGUACGAUGGUUCGACGCGGAUCGCUCGGAAGUGGCCUACUGAACGGAGCGCCGCAAGGAGGAGGAGGAGGCACGAAACUUCCCGCACUGAGCGAAAACCAGGGGCUCACCGACGAGUCUUCCCGGCUGCCGGUCAUAAUGCGGCAGCUAGAAAACACCACCAAACCUGCCUCCCCGCCGAUAGCGGUGUCUUCCACCCAAUCGGAUGGUUUCGCUGCGAGGCUGGUCCGAUUCUUCGAUCUUACGCUGCUCCAGGACAAGGUGUACGUUAACAUGAUGCUCGGCAUGUCGAUCGCGGUGUUUGCCGAGAUCAACUUCUCGCUCCUGACCCCCUUCAUACUGGGCGAUCUGGGCUACGGCACGCUGCAGAUAGCCUCGAUCAUGUCCACGCUGGCGCUGGCCGAUCUGGUGUUCCGUUUCAUCAGCCCGUUCGUUGGCGAUUACUUGAAGCUCAGCCCGCGCACAAUGUACAUGAUUGCGCUCACGAUGCUGAUCGUGACGCGGUUCAGCAUCCUGCUCGCCCGGAACUACGAGGAAAUGAUGAUCGUUGCGGUCGGGCUGGGCAUUGCGAAGGGCGUCCGGUCGGUUUACAUGAGCCUGGUCAUACCGAGCUACAUCCCACUGAAACGGCUCCCAUCCGCCUCCAGUAUCCAGAUGACGACGAACGGGAUCGUACUGAUGACGAUCGGUCCUUGCGUGGGGGUGCUUCGCGAUUGGACCGGCAGCUACUCGAAGAGCAUCAUUCUGAUCAACGCGUUCACUAUCGUCACACUGCUCAUGUGGACGGUCGAGCUGGUGUACGUACGCCGCUGCCAAACAGCCCCGGCGGGUCCCUCGACCCACCAGCAGGUCGAUGGGAUCCCCCCCCGGUGA